CCAAUCCCCCUCCCAUCCCCUCCCCCCAAUUCAUUCGUCGUCGCCGUCGUCGUCGUCGCCGCCGCCGUCCUGCUCGGAUCCUCCCCCGCGCGGCGGAGCGGGAGGCCGGCGAGAAGCGCGGAAGGGCCGUCGGCCUACACUGCUCCCCCGACGCGCACGCCUCCGCCGCCGCCUCCUGCCGGCAGCCGCGGCCGCGGUCCGGAAGAUCGAAAUCGAGCUGGAGGUUUUCCUCCGCUCGGGUGUCUCGUACUACGUCGUAGCACUGACUCCUUGUCUCGGAUUGAUAUUGACGGGCAUUUGGACUGAAGAACUCAAUUUUGGAACAGGUCAUUGUUUGGACUAUGGGAGCUUUCUGUUCGUGUUUGCAAGCUGAUUAUUCCGAUCACCAUGGGCACCAUGCUUCCUCGCCAUAUGGGGGCUGCAUGUGCCUCAGGUGUUUUACUCAGCAGCUGAUCAAUGCGUACACUGUUUUAUUCCGAGCUGGAACAGUGCAUGCAGUUUCUCAGUCUAUAGAAGCCACUCCUGUUGAUUCAACUGAAAGUUCAUUUGACACAUAUCGUUCACCCCCAAGACCGCUUCCAUAUGAUGAUCCUAGAUUCUCCCCUCCUCAGCGUGAUUGGUUAGUAUCAAGGCAUGGACCCUCAUGCCAUUCUCCAGAGGAAUCAGAGCCACUGAGGGCAAAUGAUGAUGAGGACAUGGAAGUACCAAGUUCAACAAAUAAGUCAAGUAAAACAAACUACGACACAAAAAUGAAAAGAUGCAGCUCUACUUAUGGAGAGACGCAGCCAGCAAAGGAACCUGGAAAUUAUUUCACAUACUUCUCCCCAUCUGCCGAAGAUGAAGAUGUCUGCCCGACAUGUCUUGAAGAUUAUACUUCUGAGAAUCCUAGGAUAGUAAUGCAGUGCUCACAUCAUUUCCACCUUGGCUGUAUUUAUGAGUGGAUGGAAAGAAGUGAAUCAUGCCCUGUUUGUGGGAAGAAAAUGGAGUUUGAUGAGACAACGUAAUCAUCAGGACGGGCUACACAUCUUGGAUUAGUAACUGGUGAUGGAAACUACAGGUGGUCUAGGCCACCAGAUACUCUGUACAUACCCCUUGUAAGUAUUGAAUCGGUAGUGUGAUCCUCAUCGCCUCUGAUAUUCUUGAAAUGUUGGAACGGCGCGCGAAACAUUCUUUUCUAUUUCUUUGAAAUAGUUAGUAGGGGAAGCUUGGCUCCCAUGGUUUCUUUGUGCGCCUGUGCUGCUAUGAAUUGGAGGCGCCUGAUUGUCCUGUGAUAGUACCACCUGAAAGCUGUAAAUUGAUGACCUGUGUUCAUAUAAUCAUAUGAAGUUCUAUGGUUCUGGGG